AUGAUAGGCGAGAAGAAUAUUACAAAGAACAGACUCUUGUUUAGUAAAAAUAGCUUAUGUACCCUACAAGAAGAAAUUUCAAGAGGUUGUGGCUUUAAGCCCACUAGAGUUGAAGCUGUGACAACUUUGAUAUGGAAAUUAGCCUUGCAAGCUGCAAGAACCAUAGAAACAAGUCACAAAAGUGGUUCAUUCAUGUUCCAUGCUGUGAAUAUACGUGGCCGGAUGCUACCACCAUUGCCAAAGAAUUCUCUAGGUAAUCUCUUUGUAUCUGCAAUUUGUCCAUUGUUUGAGGUUGACAAAGAAACAACGGUGGAGCUACAAGAUUUGGUAGAAGUAGUGAGAAAAACCAUAAAGAUGGUUGAUGGGAAUUUUGUGAGUAAACUUCAAGAAGAUGGUCAAGAACUUAUUGAAAUCCUUGAAUCAAUAAGACAAAAGUUGCAUCUGGCGGCUAGGGAAGGUGUUCCUUGUUAUAUCUUCAGUAGCUGGGUGAGACUUGGUUUCUAUGAAACAAACUUUGGAUGGGGCAAGCCAACUUGGGUACCAUCCGCCGUGGCGGAUGGACAAAUCCGCCGCGGCGGAUUUGUCAGAAUUGCAAAAGUCGCGAUUUCAGCAUUCUAA